GAACAACACCUCUGCCGACAAGAUUCUCACGGUGCUGCCAGCGAGGCACUGAGCACGCGUCGCAUCGCAAUGGCCGAGGGCGAGAGACACGGUAUGGUGGAUUUGGAGCGGGAGUUGACUUGCUCGAUAUGUACAGAUCUGCUCUACCAACCGCUUACCCUCCUUGACUGCCUCCAUACCUUCUGCGGCGCCUGCUUGAAGGAGUGGUUCCAGUUCCAGGCCUCCACUGCCACGUCCAUACACCCGUACACCUGCCCGUCAUGUCGCGCAUCGGUGCGGACCACGCAGCCCAAUGCCACCGUCACCACGCUCCUCGACAUGUUCGUGAAGACGAACCCGGAGAAGGGGAAAUCGGACGCGGAGAAGAAAGAAGCUAGGGAGAAGUAUAAACCAGGGGAUAAUGUGUUGCCGAAGCUGAGGAGGAGGGAAGAUCCCGGUGCCGAGGAGGAUCGGAGGCUGAUGGAAGAGGUUCAGCAGAUGAGUCUAAGGGAGGUGGGGAUACCUGCAUCGACGAACACGCUUGAGCCACCGAGGGAACGGAGGAGGCAGCGGAGCCAGGAGCGGAGCCAGGAGCGGGGCCAGGAAUCUAGACACAGAGACAGGGAGGGCGGGCGAUCCAGGAGUCGCAAUCCCCCCGAAGUGCCGUCGGCUUCGAGGACCCAGGUUGUCCCUCCACGACAUAUCGAACAUCAAUCAAGUCUGCGGUCUCUGCUCAGUGCAUCUGAACUCGACUCUCAAGAAAUGGAGGAGGAGAUUAUGCGCCAGAUCAUGGAAGAGGGUUUGCUGGACGGCAUCGAUCUGAACAAUAUAGACGUGGCUCAGGAGGAUGAGAUUAGCGAAAGAAUAGCCCAGGCGUAUCGGAGGCGGCAGGCGUCCAGACAACGUGAAAGAAGAGACCGGAGGGAGAGACUAGUAAGAGAAAGUCGAAUUGAAUCAUCUACAUCAACUCCCGUGAUACCCCAGGAGGUCCGCAGCCCUUCAGUACGAGAAGAGGAGCAGCCGCGAAGGAGACCACAUGGUCGCUCAGAGAGUGGUACUUCCACCCCCCAGAAUCUGCCUUCAUCGAGACCUCCUGUGUCUCGGCCUGGGCUCAUUGAAGCGGCGAAUCAGUAUAAUAGAACUCAUCGCAGGAGAUCAUCGAGUCAGGGAAGCUCGAGAUCUGCCCGACGGGCAGAACGCCCGACAUCGUUGACCGUCACUUCAACUAGGCAGGCUGCUCAUUCUGCGAGCGAGCUUGGAGAGAGGCCGACAACAUCAGAGAACGUGAAUUCAAAUGGACGCCGACGUUCAGACAACCAACGACGCAGUACGCUUGAGGAGCGCCAGCAGUUCCGGAACAGCCUCCAGCCCCACUCAUCGUCUAACCCCAACUCUCCAAGAAGGCCAGCUUUCAACGUUCCUACUUCAGAGAGCCCUUCUGCCAGUGCGGCUAUUUUAACGUCGCCCGUAUCCUCCCCUCCAAUCUCCUCUCCUCCAACUUCUGCGCAUCCUCUGACAUCGCGUCGAACCACUGAUCCUACCCAUGCAAGACAACCUCGACCUAUCAACAAUGGCGCUCCGCCAGUGUCCUCUCCCCCGCCAUUCCCUCGUUCCACGACAGACCCCUCUGCACUCGAGCACCAUUCGAGGGCUUCUUCAACCGUCUCAGUAGUUACGCCAACCCUCUAUGCCGAGCCUCAGAUCUCCUGCAAUCGAUGUGGGAAAGCACAUAUCGAGUAUGAGCUACACUACAACUGCUCGCGCUGUGACAGAGGAGAGUUCAAUCUUUGCUUAAACUGCUAUCGUGCAGGCAAAGGCUGCAAACACUGGUACGGCUUCGGACGAGCAGCAUGGCCUAAGUAUGAAAAACUUGCGCCACCUAGUGGCUAUCCCGUCAACUAUGAACAUCCUCAUAUCCUUAUUGGCCAUCGGUAUCGUAGAUCCUAUAGCCCACUUCUGGAAUCCGCUCUCACGCCUGGAGUAAUGAUGAUAGACGACGACCCCGCGCGCCGCCUUGAAUCAGGAGUGUUUUGCGAUAUGUGUAAAGCGUUUACAAAUGCAUGUUACUGGAAAUGCGAUUUCUGCAACGAGGGCGAUUGGGGCUUCUGCAAUGAUUGCGUUAACCAAGGUCGACACUGCACUCACCCUUUACUCCCUAUCGCUCACAAAGCACGAGAAUCCAUAUCCAAUACUACCGAACCAACUUCCUGCACGCCUUCAAGCCCGCGUCCGGAAACGAGCCAUCGCGCCGGACCAAUGUCCCCUGGCCUGGCACCUCCAAGCCUCGAUUCUGUUCCAACAACUCCUCCAUUAACCCCCAAAACCGCAAGUUUGAUUCGUGGACCUGGGUUGAUUACAAUCGCGAACAUGAUCUUCAGACCCCUGACCUUUACUACGAUCUGCAAUAUCUGCACAUACCCAAUCCCUCCUUCACACACCCGCUACCACUGCCCCAAAUGUAACAAAGGCGACUACGACAUAUGCAUGAGCUGCUAUCACAAACUCGUCUCCUCCGGCCGCAUCAGCAAAGACGAUGGGAUAAACGGGUGGCGUCGUUGUCUGCGUAGCCAUCGCAUGAUCGUUGUUGGUUUCGAAGACCGGGACGGCGGCCAACGGAGGGUCGUAGUGAGGGAUCUUGUCGGCGGGUUUACGCUAAGGGAUGAAGAGGUCGUUGAGCCAAGAUCACCAAUGGGUGCGGGCGGAAGGGAAGGUAGUUCGAGUAGUCUGGUGCCCGCGCUCUCGUCCUCACAGUUGCCAUUGCAGAACUGGAGUUGGAGAGAUACAGAUGGUUCAGUUCAUAGGUACUCGAAAUCUCCCGUGCAGUCCCCAAAUCCUAACAUCAACCCCUCCUCCGCUGUAACAGCACCUCGCUAUCCUCCUGAUGGUGGCAUGGGACUGAGGGUUCAGGCUCUGUGGAGUUAUUUCCCGGGCGAGGGCGUCGAGGAUGAGCUGGGGUUUCCGAAGAAUGCGGAGAUUAGAGAGGUUGAGGAUAUCAAUGGCGACUGGUUUUGGGGUGUGUAUGCUGGGUGUAAGGGAUUAUUUCCUGGGAAUUAUGGGGCUGUUGUUGGCGGGUAGGAUGGUGUUGAUCGUGGAAAAGAUUUUUAGGGAGUUGGGAUUGGAAUUAAUUUGGGAGGAUCCAUUUGCUUUACGAAAUCAUGAGAUACGACUUUGGAGAUUGCAUGAUGCGAAUCGGCAUGUCAAAAGGCAAAUGUGACGAUGAAAUGGCUAUGGAAUAAGUACUCUUUAUGAAACUGUUUUUGCAUUUAAUUUGUAUUUUGUUUAGCUAACACUUACCUGAGAAAGGAGAGGGAGAGGUGGAGUGAGGUCUGAAGAGCGUCCCCUAUUGAAGGCCGCUGAAGAAGCGAGAUACUUUCCAG